GGCGGCGGCGGGGGGCUCCCUCGCGCCAGGAAGAGCGGCGGCGGCGACGGCGACGCGGGGGCCGCCGCUGCCCCUGCUGCCAUGAGUUGUGCGGAGGUGAUGCAUCACCCCCCGCCGCAUGGAGCGCCCCAGUGUGCGCCCAACCCCGUGGCGGCUGCACCCUGCCCCACAGCCUGCUAUCAUCCGGCGCCCCAACCUGGCCAGCAGAAGAAGUUAGCGGUAUACAGCAAGAUGCAGGACUCUCUGGAGGUCACCCUUCCCAGCAAACAAGAGGAGGAGGAGGAGGAGGAGGAUGAGGAGGAGGAGGAGGAGGAGAAAGACCAGCCUGCCGAGAUGGAGUACCUUAACUCUCGCUGUGUCCUUUUCACUUAUUUCCAGGGAGACAUUGGGUCAGUAGUGGAUGAGCACUUCUCAAGAGCUUUGGGCCAAGCCAGCACGUUCCAUCCAGAAUCUACCAUUUCAAAAAGCAAGAUGGGGCUAACCCCCCUAUGGCGAGACAGCUCAGCUCUCACAAGCCAGAGGAGUAAUUUCCCAACUUCCUUUUGGACCAGCUCAUACCAGCCCCCACCUGCACCUUGUUUAGGGGGAGUUCAUCCUGACUUCCAAGUCACUGCGCCCCCUGGCACCUUUACUGCAGCAGAUCCUAGCCCCUGGUCAGGCCACAGCCUGCAUCAGACUGGCCCACCACCGCCCCCUCCUGUGUCUGAGUCCUGGCACUACCCUUUGGCAUCUCAGGUGAGCCCACCCUACAGCCACAUGCACGACGUGUACAUGCGGCACCAUCACCCUCACACCCACAUGCACCACCGCCACCACCACCACCAUCACCGGCACCACCACCACCCUGCCGCUGGCUCUGCCUUGGAUCCGUCCUACGGGCCUCUGCUGAUGCCGUCCGUGCGUGCGGCCAGGAUUCCUGCUCCUCAGUGUGAGAUCGCGAAGACAGAUCCGUCUGCAGUCACCACUGCUGCCUCAGCGUGGGCUGGAGCCUUUCAUGGGACCGUGGACAUAGUGCCCAGUGUGGGAUUCGAUGCAGGUCUACAGCAUCAUGACAAGAGCAAGGAAUCUCCGUGGUACUGAAACAGUAUUAGCGAGUCAAGUUGCUGCCUGAACCCAGGACCCACGGGGAAGUUUACUGCUAGGAUUUUCCUGUCUGCUGAGGAGACACAAGUUACACAGAAGAAGAGGACAAAGCAGGCGCUUGACUUUGGUUUUGAAACUUAUCUGGAGAAAGCAAAGUGGGUCCUCAUCAUUGAAGAAAAUCAUUUUUGUUCAUUUUUCCCCUCAUCUGAGCCUUCGCCAACUAUGUGACUUUCUUUUUUACUGUUUGCCUUUACCAGCACAUGGGUUAAUGUUUGUUUCGUUUUUACUUUUUAUAGUUUUCUUUUGGAACCAGCCAUCAAUGUCAGGAAAAGAUGAACCGCAAAUGGAAGUGCUUAUUCUUUCAGGAAUAAAAUUUUGUAGCUCUCUGUGUGUCUAUUUUUGUAGAAAUACAGAAAGUUUGGCUUAGCAUUGAUGGGCUAUUUUUGAGGGAUGUACUUUUUUAAUAUUGUAAAAAUUGUUGAGUUCUGUUUCAAGAACUUGCUCUCCAAGAAGCACUGGCAACGUGUUUAAAAAAUGCUUAUUUUGAAAAUGUCUGCGGUACGCUCGUGUGUGCUUUCUAGGUUACCUCAAGUGUGUGCUAUUUUCUCUAUAAAAAUAGCUAUCCCAUAGCAAACCAAUUCAGUAUUGUUCACUAAAUCUCAGUGGUGGUUUAAUUCCAUUUAGCUCACUUAGUUUUGACUUACAUGGCUAGCUUGGGAAGGAAAAAUUUAAGGGCCACACUAAAGGAUGUCUCAUGACUUCGAUUCUCACAGAGAGUAUUUGGAGGCUGUGGGGAACCUUUGCAUUGACUUAAUGAGAUGAAGAGUUUGCCUGGAAUAUUUCUCUUUUUAGUUCAUCUUUGAUCAAUGGAACCAGAGUUUAUAUAAAACUACUGUACUUAAAUGUGUUUAAUCGCACUACCUGUGAGUGCCAGUGGGUUAUUCUACUUGUUUGUAAUUAUUCAUUCAUAAAAGUUUCAAAGUUAUGGUUUUAUUUUUCAAAGAGAAUUUUUUUCUUGGAGAAUUUGAAAGAAUAAGAUCUGAAAAGGUACUAGACAUAUA